AUUGGUCUCUUCUGUUCCUGUUUGGUGACUCGGGGCAUGUGUCUGCAGCUUAGCUUAGCAUUCAGAAAUGGCCGCAGAUAAGCAAAACGAAGCCAAAGUUUCCUCAGUGGAUGAAAAUAAAGAAAAUCUGGCAGAAGGUUGCCUGGGAUUGGAAAUUUUGCAAAUAAUUAAAGAGUCACAGCAGCAGCAUGGGCUCAGACACGGAGAUUACCAGAGAUACAGAGGAUACUGUUCUCGAAGGCUGCGUAGGUUGCGCAAAACUCUUGGAUUUAAGAUGGGCAAUCGACAUAAGUUUGUGGGAAAGAAAAUUACAGUUGAAAUGCUCUCUGACAGCAGAUACCUUUUGAUAGUUCUGAUGGAAGCUGAACGAGCAUGGAGUUAUGCCAUGCAGCUGAAACAGGAGGCUAAUACAGAGCCAAGAAAACGUUUCCAUCUGCUGGCACGGUUACGCAAAGCUGCCAAGCACAGUGAGAGACUGGAGAAGCUGUGUGAAAGCCCACGUGUUGAUGCAAAGACUAAACUGGAGGCACAAGCGUACACUGCAUACCUCUCAGGUAUGGUUGAAUUUGAGUUGCAAGAGUGGAAGCAUGCUAUGGAGGCUUUCAAUAAGUGCAAGACAAUCUAUGAGAAGCUUGCCAGUGCUUUCACAGAGGAGCUGGCUGUGCUGUAUCGUCAGCGUGUGGAUGAGAUCUCUCCUAACAUCCGAUAUUGUGCUUAUAACAUUGGGGACCAGAACGCCAUCAAUGACUUGAUGCAGAUGAGACUGACAGGCGGUGGUGGAGGCAUGAUGGCUGAAAAACUGGAGGCUCUCAUCACUCAAGCUAGGACUAAGCAAGCUGCCACCAUGAGUGAGGUAGAAUGGCGAGGACGGACUGUCCCAGUCAAGAUUGACAAGGCCCGCAUCUUUUUGCUGGGUCUAGCAGACAACGAGGCAGCCAUUGCUCAGGCUUCCAAUGAGGAGACCAAAGAGCAUCUCUAUGAGACCUUAUUGGCUGAGUGCAGAGACACCAUCCAGGCUGUAAGAGAGGAACUAAAAACUGAAGCGCAGAAGCAGCGAGAAAGAGGUUCUGAAGAAAGUGGGAAGGUGUCCAACAUGCAAUUUUUGCAUAGUUAUCUGACCUAUAUCAAGCUGUGUACUUUGGUAAAGAGGAAUGAAAGCAUGGCCCAUACACUGCAGGCUAAACUGAAGGAGCCUCAGACUGACGAAAAAAGAGGUCCUCGCCCACAGGACCUUAUUCGCCUCUAUGACAUCAUCCUGCAGAGUUUGGCUGAGCUGUCAACUCUGCAGGGUCUUGAGGAUGACCACACCUUUCAGAAGGAGGUGUCCCUGAAGACACUGGUUUACAAGGCUUACAGGUGUUUCUUUAUAGCCCAGUCUUAUGUGCUGGUAAAAAAAUGGAGUGAGGCCCUGGUUCUGUAUGAAAGAGUUCUUAAAUAUGCAAAGGAGGUCCAGUCAAAGGCUAAAGGAUUUAACAACAGUCUUAAGGAUUUGCCUGAUGUCCAGGAACUUAUUGCUGAGGUCAAUGCUGAAAAAUACUCCCUUCAAGCGGCUGCCAUUUUAGAUACAGAUGAAAAUGUCGAAGUUCCAACUCAGCCACAGGUUAAGGACACAACGCCCCUGUGUGAUCGCCUGGACUCAUUUCGCCUUGACACUUCUCUUGUUGGGAAACAGCCCAAUCUGGUGCAUUUUCCUCCUGACUUCCAACCAAUCCCGUGUAAGCCUCUGUUUUUCGAUCUUGCGCUUAAUCACGUGUCCUUCCCACCGCUGGACGAUAAGGUUGAGCAGAAGGGCAAGGGCGGCCUGACCGGAUACUUCAAGAACAUCUUUGGUUUUGGCAGCUAAAUCCAAAUAAAACUUAAUACACAGCCAUCUCCUCAUGAGCUUAAGAUGAAUCUGUUUGGUACAGCUAUGACAAUUUUUAACCUUUAUUUUAUUGCCUCAUUGAUAUUUGGGUGCUAAUGCAGAUUAAUGAAGAUGGGUUUCGUUUUAUGUAUAGAUAGAAAAUAAAUCAGUGUAAAUCAUUUCUAGUAUGUCAUAUCUAUUGUAACGCAAGUUAGAAUGUCAUACUCUGUAUUACGGACUGGUGGCUUUCUGUUGUAAAUGCUCUACGGCCCAACUUUUGACAUUUUUCAGUACAAACGCCUUCUGAAUAAUGUGCUCUGCCUCGAAAGUACAUGUUGACUUAUAUACUGUUUGUCCUUUAAACUUUAUAUAUAUAUAUUUCAUGUCUCUUUAUGAACUGACAAAGAUAGUACAACUUUACAAACUCUAAAAUUAACUUAAUUCAGUCUUAUUUUCCAAUUGCAGAAAACGAUUUUUGUAGCAUGCUUCUCUUGGCUGUAGUUUAAAUUUGUGAUGCUAAUUAUUGCUACAAGCUACAUUUGUGAAUGAAUUACUAAAAAGUAUAAAAUGUUGAAGGAUCCAAUUCAAGUUUUGGGACCUUGAUCUCUUAGAAGAUUAAUAAUUGGUCAGCUUAUGUCUUUUGUUCCUUGUUGAAUGGCUAUUGAUUUUGCUGACUUGCAUCCUACCUUGAAGCUAUUUACUCUUAAGUUUCUUUUAACUAAUUUACAUUAUGUGGCUUAUUUUGUUAAUUUCUUUAAAGUUUUUGUUGAACCAGAUUUGUAGCAGUGAGCACCUAUAUAAUUUUGACUGCAGAGAUGAAAACAAUGAAAUUAUACAGUAUUUUAAUUUUGCCCUAAUUAAAGAAGUUUACCAAGCACCA